CCUGCGCGCCCUCGGGCACGACCGCCCGGGCAGUCCCGGGCCCGCUCCGCGCCCGCCAGCGGCGGCCGUGCCCGCGCCCGCCAUGGCUGACAGCGCAGAGCCCGCGGCUCCCGACGCCGGUCCCGCCGCGGCUCCGGACGCGGGUCCCGCCGCGGCCCCUCCGGGCUCGCCGGUGCAGGAGCGGCGGGCGGGCGGCUCCCCCGGCGCGGGCGCGGCCAUGCCGCGGCUGCCGCUGGGCGGCCAGGGCGGAGCGGCGGGAAUGUCGCUGCCGCGGCUGGAGAAGCCGAUCAAGCAGGCCUUCUACAACACCGGGGCGCUGCUGUUUGCGGGGCUGUGUUGCGGCGCCGCCGUCCUCGUGUACUUCAUCCUCGAGGCGUUCCUGCGGCCGCUGCUCUGGGCCGUCCUCUGCGGUACCUUCCUGCACCCCUUCAAGACCUCGCUGACGGCGCUGGGGCGGCGCUGGCUGGGCCGCCUGCACCGCUCCCGCACCCCGGUGCUGCUGGCCGCCCUCCUCCUGCCCAUCUGCUUCGCCGACUACGGCGUGGAGGCGCUGGGCGAGCAGGUGCUGCGGCGGCGGCGGCUCCUGCUGCUGCUGGGCGCCGGGGGCCCGCUGCUCUACGGGCUCUACUGCCUGGGCAACUCCCUGGGCGUGCAGGUGCUGCUGGCACAGGCCGCCCGCAUCAUCUGCCAGGGGCUCGACUACUUCAGCAGCCAGUGGAUAUGGACACUGGUAGUUGGUUACCUGCUGAUGGUUUCAUUCAAGUGGAAUAUAAGCACUGAACGUUACUUAAAAGCAGUCUCUGUUCCUGUCUGGAUUAUGCUGCUCUUUCACUUAGCUUCUGUGGCAGGCUCCUGGAGAAUUCCUGUAUUUCUGGUUAUAGUUGUUCUGAUGACAGUGGGCAUGUUGCAUGAACAGCAGAAUGGAAAGGAGUCUUCUGGGGCAGAGCUUCCCGGUCAGAUGAUUUCCAUUGCUGCUUCAACAAUUGCCAUGGCAAUUUCAAUGACAGAAGAUGAGUCCAAUAAUGAACAUUCCUCCCAACCCUCAGGAUCAACAGCAGAAAGUGAUCAGCCUCCACCUCCACGAGCUUCAUCAUCUUUCAACACCUCUUCUUCAUCAUCUUCUGGGAACAAACAAAGAACUGAGAUUGGAUCUUUUCUUAGAAAAAAGAAAACUAGUGAUAUUUACUUUGUUACUCUUGUGUGGGCCAUUGUCAUUGUACAGAUCUGGCUAAAUUUUUGGAUUGUGCAGCUAUUGCCAGUGCCCUUUGCAGUUUGGGCACUUAAAAAAUUCGUGGUUCAUUUUGGAGUUUUGAACUUCAUGGCAAAGCACUGCAAAAGUUGGUGGCAACUGGUUGAAAAUUUUGUGAAGGAACGUCAGGAAGCUCUUGCUCCACGGCCCAUCAGAGGACUUGGAAGUGUUAUGCUAAAGCUUGACAGUAAGCUGUGGCACUGGCUUAAUAAGAAGAUUAUCGUGUGGUUGGAGAAAAUGCUAGAUAAAAUAAUCAGCAUUUUCAUAAUAUUUUUGCUGGUGAUAGGAACCCUUCUGCUAGCUCUUCUCCUUACUGCAAAGGUACAUCAAGAGAGCGUUCACAUGAUUCAAGUCACAAGCAGCUUGAUCAAUGAGACAGUAGCCAGUCACCCAGAAUGGGCAAACUGGCUCCCAGAAGCCCAGGUCAUUCAGAAGGCACUCAAUUCUGCAGCCAACAACGUAUACCAGUAUGGCCGAGAAUGGAUCACGCACAAGCUCCAUAAGAUUUUAGGAGAAAAAGUAAAUAACACUGCUGUGAUUGAAAAACAAGUGCUGGAGCUCUGGGACAGGCUUUAUCACUCUUGGUUUGUAAAGAAUGUAACACAUUCUGGAAGACACAAAGGACACAAGUGGCACAUAAACCGUCAGAACAGCUGGCUUGGAGAUAUUCUGGACUGGCAAGAUGUUGCAUCCUUUGUUCACGAUAACAUCGAAACGUUUCUCUCGAUCCUGGAGUCUCUGUGGAUAGUGAUGAGUCGCAAUGUGAGCCUCUUGUUUACUACGGUUACAGCAUUAGUGACAAUCCUCUUCCACAGUGGGACAGCUCUUCUCAAUUUUGUGCUUUCAGUGGUGAUUUUUCUGACCACGCUGUUCUACCUCUUAAGCUCCAGUGAUGAAUAUUACAAGCCAGUAAAAUGGGUGAUAAGCCUGACACCUUUGUCUCAGCCAGGUCCCUCCUCAAAUAUAGUUGGCCAAUCUGUGGAGGAAGCAAUAAGAGGUGUGUUUGAUGCUUCCCUCAAAAUGGCUGGGUUCUAUGGACUCUACACUUGGCUGACUCACACUAUAUUUGGGAUUAACAUAGUCUUCAUACCAUCUGCAUUAGCAGCAAUCCUUGGAGCAGUGCCAUUUUUGGGGACAUACUGGGCAGCAGUCCCUGCAGUCCUAGAUUUGUGGCUUGUGCAAGGACAGGGAUGCAAAGCCCUUCUGCUCUUGGUUUUUCACCUCUUGCCAACCUAUUUUGUAGAUACAGCAAUUUAUUCUGAUAUAUCAGGAGGGGGUCACCCUUACCUGACAGGCCUUGCAGUAGCUGGUGGAGCAUAUUACCUGGGACUGGAAGGGGCCAUCAUAGGACCAAUUCUACUUUGUAUACUUGUGGUCGCUUCCAAUAUAUAUAGUGCCAUGUUGGUGAGUCCAACGAAUUCUGUGCCCACUCCAUCACAGACAGCGUGGCCAUUACAGAUCUACCGGUCACCUAGAGAGAGUCCUGAGGAGGUGAAAAUGUCUGCAGAGUGAGGGAGGUGCUGGGCUGUACCUCUGCAACAUGAGGGAAUCGCUGUCUUCUGUCUUGGGUUCACAACAGCCAUGGAUGGCCUUCUGUCCCUUCCCAGCUGGGCCUGGGGGCAGCUCGCAGGGAAGCAUGGAUUGGGUUUUAGGAGAAAGCACUAGAACAUCUGCUGGCCUUACAUUAUUGUGCACUUUGCCUCUUUGAAGGAGAAUGUCUACUUCCCAUGGCUUUGCAUACCAACUCACAGUCAGCUGCCUUGUUGAAGACUUUGAAGACCUUCUGUCUUAUCAAAAGAAUAGUUAAGAGGACAGGUACAUCCACUGGAGUCGUUAUCUUAUCUGCUGAAAUUACUAACUUGGCUUUUAUUUAUUGGGUUAUUUGUCUUAUUAAACUGUAGUAGAUUUAAAGAAAGCUGUAAUUCCAAAAUAUUUAUUUUUAGGCAAUCUGGUGGCAAAAGAAGGGCAAACCACUCAUUGUGAAAUGAAAGUAUAAUAUAAUAGUUUGCUUCUCCUCUAGGUGUUUCUUUAUAAGCUUCGACCAUCAUCUGUAACUCAUAAUAACACUUAAAUAUUAUUCACUUACAUGCACUGAAAUUUAAUGUUGUUGGAGACUGGUAUUUUUAAUAUCUUCCUGAUAAUUAUAGAAAUGCAAAAUGUUAAAUGGGAUUUUUCCUCUUACUGACAUAGGAAAACUUGUUUAAGUAGUUUAAAUCUUGCCCCCAUUUUCAGCAAAAUCUAAUAUUUUGCUGUUUAUCCACCCUCCCAGUGGAGUCAUCUUGUCAACUAAAUUUUAUCAAAGGCCUUAAGUGUUUUCAGACAGUAGUAAUGUAGGAUGGUCACAUCUCCUUCCAGUAGUAGGAAGAUGUUUCAUGAGGAUUGUUAAAUGUUGGUUUUCAAAUGCUGUGGCUGAGUUCUAUUCACAUUUUAAGGAAAUUUUACUACCAGAAAGAAAGGGGAGAGAGCAUGGAUUUUGAUUUAGCUUAUUUGGGGCUUUUUACCCCUGUAAGCAUCUGGCCACAUAUCCUACUGAGAUAUAGGAUAUAUCUUUAUUAAUAAGAUAUACCUUAAUAUAUUAACAAAGAUGCUGAAUGUGUAUUUUUGCUUUAAAAGCAGCUUUGGUGACAUUUAAGGCCUUUUGUAUUGAUUGUCAAAGCAUUUUGACACAAUGGAUCUUUAUAAAUGGAUCCUUUUUGUAAAUGAGAAGUGGGGUUUUUUGGUAAAUAUUUCAUACUUGCAUAGCUUUUCCACAAAUCCAGUGAGGCCCUAGUACAAAGUAGCAGAUGUGUUUGCUUAACCAAAGAACCACCAUUCAGUUUCCAGUAACUCGAAUUGAUUUCAGAGUUUGAUUGAUAAGGAGUUGUACAAAAUACAGGCAUGCCUUGUGUUUAUUGUUGACAGUACUUCAAUGCUUGAAACAAAGGGAUCUUAUCCAGGGAUAAGGCUAUCUAAGACUGGUGCACAAACAGCUUGCAGAUGUUUGUUUUACUUGAGUUCCAGGAGUGCUGACAGAUUUGGAAGGUUCUUUCUAUGAUAUUGUGUGUAUUUUUACAUUGUUUUGAAAAAAUACGUUGCCAUGGAAAAUGAUUGGGAAGUACUCUGGUACUGAGUAAAGAAGAAAGUCCUGGUAUAGGUUUGCAAUAAAAAGGCUGCCUAACAAGACACAAAUACUCUGCUCCUCAGAUUCUCAAAAAAAGCUGCUGCAAUUUUACUGAUAAAAUUGUUUUAAAUGAGAGGGGUUAAAUAUGCUUUUUGUGCACACUUGCAGGUAUGAGCUUGAGGGGCAGACUUGGGCUUAAUUUAGUAGGUUGACUCAGGUUUAUCAAAAUAUGGAAACAUACCAUUUAAUAUUUUAAAUUCUGAAAGGUCUACACAUCACUCACUGAAUAAGAAGUAUAUGUUGCUUGAAUCAAGUAUCUGUUUCAUCUCCUCAGUUUGGUGGCUUAUGAAAAAGCUUAAAUGAAACAUGUUUUUAUAAUUGUUGGUGGCUAGGGUGGAGGAUGUGGGGAAACCUCAGGCUUUACUGAAAUACUCCUGCAACUUUCUAACCAGCUGGAAUGAGACCACCAUGAUAUUUAGGCAAUUUCUUUAUUGUAUUACUUUUUUUUUAGUUCACAGUUUUGCACUGAAUUGUUGUGUAAUUCUUGUCGCUUCUAUAGACAGCAUUUAAAGCACCUCUUUGCUCACUGGUCAAGACGUGUUUAUUGUCCACAUUUGCUAUCCCAUUUUCUGAGACAAUCUUUCAUACUCCUGUGGUACUAGAUUUAGUCAUUUUAAAGAGUCAUUAAAAUGCAUUAUUUUGUUUGGUUUUCAGUUUUCUUCUUCCCCUUCAACCAAUUGCCUUAGAUCAAAGAAGGGUCUCUGCUGUGAAGAUUAAAACCAUGAUUGAGACACUGUUAACUUCAGUAAUGCAAAUGAAUAAAAUCACCUGGGAAGACACAUUGCUGUUUUGAAAUGUUCCUUUUCCAUUGUGAAAUCCUUUUAUAUAGAGGAUUCACAUCUACUGGAAUGUUGUUUAGUUUGUCGUCCUUUGAAAUGAGGCUUCAUUUUGAUGCUUUCUGUUCCAAAUUCAGCUCAGACUUGCCAUGAAGAACCAUCCAUAGUACAUCCUUAAUCAGUAAAUGUAGCUUCAGAAGCUCAUGCUGUGUGCUGUACCUGAUUGAGGAACUGACUGUAUGGUUCAGUAACGGUGCAGUAACAGAUAUUGCCAAAAAGAAAAGAAAAAUAAGGAACAAAACUUCCAAUAACACCUUCUUGGAAUAGGAAAUAUUCACUGAUUUUUCACCAUGUUUAGGAAAAAAAACCACAACCCCACAAAAUACCACCAUGUGAAAGAGCAUACUUUGAUUAUUUGGAUUUUGUGUUUAGCAAGUGUCUAAUUACCAGUAGAAAUAGAACUUGUCACUGGGUAUUUAGCAAUCUAUAUUAUUUUCUAAGCAGACUCAGCCUUUGUAAGAAUAGUUUAGUAUAGAUCAGUCUUGAAAAUAAUCAAACUGGUCAUUUUGACAUCUGGUCUUUGAAAAGUGCCAGUUCAUGGUUAUAUUCCCUCAUCUGCAAAAAGCAACCAGCAGUUUGGUGAGAUAAGUUUUUAGUACAUGGAUUGUAGCUUUCGAAAAAAAACACCUCAACCCACUCCCCGCUCCUAGAUCCCUCAGCAGCAACAACCACCCAACCAAUAAAAAAAGCCCCACCACUCUCUGCAGUGUGGUUUUCUUAGGAGAGGCCAUCUUUUCUUCUUGCUUGUAGGCAAGAAGUUGAUGGUCUUUAGCUUUACUGUAAAUAGCCAUUCCAGGAGCAGGUACAUGCUAAGUGUAUUUAGUACAUUUAGAGUUCAAUAAUUUAGAAUUCAGAAGGGAAUGCUUGUAGUAAUGCAAGGCAAUGUGGUCCAAUGGAAUUGUGAAAUUCAUCUGUGGUGGUUUUUAUCGUUCUCCUUGGGGAAUUGCAAUCAAGUGUAGUGCCAAAGGGCUGGUGCUGUUUCUAGCACUCGAGUCUGAGUUAGCCUUUCCUUCCUGUACCUUGGCUGAGCACUGCUGUAGCAGAGCUGGCAGAGGUGACUGUGUGCCAGUUCAUGGCCCAGCUUGUUAGCUUCAGGUCACUGUACAUACUGGCUUAAUUGGAUCCAUCAAGGAACAAAGUGCAAUGGGCAAGAACCUGUCACACAUUCAUUUUGGCAGACUUACCACAAUGUGGUGGCUUUCAGCACAGGUGCACCAUGACCAGUUGAGAGCAGAAGUUACUUAUUUUGAAAGGCUGCUUAAAAAGAAACAGUUUAACAUUAUAAUAAUACAUAUUAUGCACAUUUUUCAGAAGGUAAGUUGAUACUCACAUGAUACUUCCAUGCAGAGUGCUGUGUGUGUGCAGGUACACUUUGGCUUGUCUGAUUUCAAGCUCAGUGGGGCUUCUCUUAAAGACAUAGGGAAGAAGGAUAUAGUGGAUGUGUAUUUUGUCAGAGAUUAUUGGAAUAGGAAAUCCAUAAUCUGUUUAAUUAAAAUAACAAAAAAGCAUUGUUCAGGGAAAGUUGGAUGCUGUCUCCAGUGUUUUCCUUUGUGGGUAUAAGCAUAACUUUUGAAAUAGGUGUAUGGCUCCAGUGUUCAACAUUGUUUUUCAGAAAGCCUGAAAAAACAAAACUGGAUGAAAUUGUUCUCUGGAAAAAGCAGCAGCAGAAUUGCUAUGCUGCUGAUCCCUAGUACUAGGAAUACUGCAGUGUGGCCUUUCCUAUGGACCUGAUCCACUGAGAAAGGAAAAAUACCACUAUUCUACUGAGACUCCAUGGCUUUGCAUCGUUGGUAGUGGGUGUUUCCACAGCUGCCUUUAUUCAGACAAUGUGUUUAUUAUAUUGACUUUAAUUUGUCACUGUAGAUAGUGCCACCUUAAAGGGUGCUACCUCUGGAAAUGGCUGCUAUUUCCUUUGAAGGUACUGAAGGGUGUUGGGGUUGGAGGUAGCAUUCUUUUAGUUUAAUAGCAGAGGUAGCAUUCUUCUAGAGAUGCAGUUGCUUACCUUGGAGUUUGCAAUUUUACAGGAGAAAAUUGAUUUGCCAGAUAAUCUUUAUUGAGUGUCAGCUGACAUCUCUUAAAUCCAUGGAUGCAUCAUCUUUAUAAACUCUGUAUUGAUUUGUAUUUCAAAGGGUUUCUUCUUAGUUCUUACACUUAUUUCCUACACUUUUUGCUGAAGCCAACUCUGACAAUUUCCUUAUUAUUCCUAUUUGUACAAAACUAGUCUUAAAACUCUUAACAAACAAUAGGGAGACUUGAUCUUUGACAUGGUACAGUCUAUCUGUUAUUUUACUAAGGUACCUUAAUGCUUUAUGGUAAAUUUUUCCAAAAUUGAUUUUAAGUUAUAAAAUUGGAAAUAAGAAAAAAAAACAAUAUGGAAAAUUAAUUUGGUGUUUUGAAAGAAACAAUGCCAAAAGUCAUAAACAUAUUCAGGGAUUCUGCAUUGGGUUUGCAAAUGUGUAUAUUGAUAUGCAGUGUUAUACAAAUAUUGAGAGUCUCUGUCCUAUUCAGACUUUAACUGAAUUUUUUUCCUAUUUUUUUAAGAUACCUGAGAACAAAAUAGUGCCUGUAUAUAAUGAAAACAAGCAACAUUUUCUACAAUUCAUGUUUACUUGAUACAGAUUGAGGAAGAGCCAAGCAAAUCCUGGUAGCGUGACUACCACUGUUUUAUUGUAGUUCAUGUAAAGUAGGGAAAAGCCGCUAAUAAUGCAUUGCUGAGAGAUUGCUGUUCCUGGAAGUAUUUGCACACAUCCUCUAAAAAACUGCCAAAAUAAUUAGGUAAUGAAAUACAUCUUCAGUUCCUCAGACUCUUAAACUCAUCCACACCUCCUCUGGUAUCUUGUUUGGAUAUGGUUUAGUACAUGAGAGUAAUACUUCCAUCCUCCUUUGGGAAUUGAUUCCAGGACCUGAAGGUGUGCUUUCAACGUCCAUACUGAAAUAGUAUGUCCAAUUCAGGAAGGAAGUGCUAGCUGGAAAUAAAUGCAUCCUUGAUCUGCUCUGCGUAUGGGUGGACUUGGACAAAUAUAAUUCAUGUUGCAUUGAAUUUAAGGUUAAUUUUUUGAUAUAAAUACUGUUUGGUGACACCAAAGCCAGGUCUGAGUGAGAUGCAGGGCAGAUUUGCUUGCAGCAGGGUGAAUCUGCAAGCUAAUAAAGCAGAGUGAGUGCUCUAGCAUAUAUAUAUAUAUAUAUAUAUAUAUAUAUAUAUAUAUGAAGAACUUUUAAAGUGAUGUUUUUAAAGCAAAAAGUUGAUUUCUUCUCCUAGCCUCACUUUUUACCCACUAGAGUGUUAUAGACAGUGAUCCAAUGAGGACCUAAAGUCAAAGAAAUGUUUCAUGGUAUUCAUGUAGAUUAAAUGUAAGAGACAUCACAAAGCCAAAAAGUAGCCACACUACAAAAGUUUAUUAGGCUUAAGAAUUGGCUUUUCCAUAAGGCUGGAAAAAAAAAUCCCAGUAUUUACUACUCUUCCUGCCAGUCUCAGCUUAAACCAGAAUCUUUCUCAAGUAUUGAUACAAGCUACUUUUGUGUUGUUCAUAACCUAUUCUCUGUGUAAAUCAGUGUUUUCAGCUUGUCAUCUGUCAUCACAAAUAUGUUCAGCAAGCAUUCAAUUUGUUCAGAUUGUUGAUUUAAAAACCAAUUUUCUGUGCUUUAGUGAUGGUUGGAUGGUUGGAAACCAACUUCUUAUAUCAAUAGUUAGGUUCUUACCUAUAUAUUUAUAUAUAUAUUUAUAUAUGCUAGCAUUUGAUGUUUUGGUCAAAAGACAUGGGAGGGUUGGAGUUUUUUUCCCUUGGGAAAUUUCACCAAAUCCAAAGAAACUUUUGACAUCCUAUCCUAAGACUGGCUAUCCCUACUCAAACCUAACAGCAAAUGUUUUGCAUUACAGAGCACAGGUUGUUCUAGUGUGUGUUCCUACCAGGCCCCAUGGGGAUUUGGAGCAAUAACUUCUAUUGUCUGUUGACACAAAUUUUGUCUGUACAUGUGAUACAUCUUCAGAAUGGAACUGUGUUCAAAACUGAUGGUAUGAGUAAUUGGGUUUGAUAGAGUACCUGGUUUUGCAUGUAAAAUACUGACAAUAUAACCCCUGUGUCCAUCUGUGGCCCAAUAAAAUGUGUAAGUUAAGGCUGGGAGCUACUUGUGUAGACUGCAGAGGUAUUUAAACUAAAUAAUUUUGAUUGUAUGCACCAGUCCUCAUCCUAAUAAAAAAUGGGUUUUGUAGCAGGUUUAAGAAGCUUUUAACUUGAUAUUGUAUUCACACUGCAGUCCUUUGUAAGCACAGAAUGGUUAAUAUAUUUUGAAAUAAAAUGCCAAUAACAUAAAGAGAA